AUGGCCGUCGCAGAGUCGAUGCUGACGGGCGAGAGCAUUCCUGUCCCAAAGACGACAGGAGACCAGCUGAUCGCAGGGACUACUAAUGGUCCUGGUACCCUAACUGUCCGUCUCACCCGACUGCCAGGCAAAAACAGCAUCACGGACAUUGCAGGCUUGGUGGAGAAUGCUCUCGCUUCUAAGCCUCGCAUUCAGGAUCUUGCGGACAAGAUUGCCUCUUACUUCAUCCCAGGCGUCAUUAUUGUUUCCUUGAUCGUGUUCGCCAUCUGGGUCAUAGUCGCCCUCAAGGUGCGUGGCGAGAAUGGAGGCAGCGCUAUUGGCUUGUCGAUCACCUACGCCAUUGCUGUUCUAGCUGUUUCUUGCCCAUGUGCACUCGGUCUUGCAGUACCGAUGGUACUCGUUAUUGCAGGUGGCGUCGCCGCCCGACAAGGCAUUAUCAUCAAGCAAGCUGAUGCAAUCGAAAGAGGUCACAAGAUCACCGACGUUGUCUUCGACAAGACAGGGACCAUCACCACGGGAGAGCUAGAAGUAGUCCACUCGCAAACCUUUCCUGACGCAGGAUACGUUGAGGACGAGAUCAUUUCUGUCACCAGGACUCUCAUCCAAGAUAAUCAGCAUCCUGUUUCUAUGGCUGUCGCGACUGAUCUAAAGAAAGCUGGCGGCAAGCCUUGCAAACUCGAGGAGCUGGAAUCCACUCCUGGAUCGGGGAUUCGAGGUGUGUGGAAUGGGCGGGUUGUCCGUGCAGGCAACCCCUUCUGGCUUGACAUCGAGAGUCGCCCUGAAAUCUCCGCAUUAGUGGAUCAGGGUAUGACGGUCCUUUGCGUGGAUGUUGAUAGGGAGCCCGUAGCCGUCUUCGGGCUCAAGAGCAACAUUCGCCCCGAAGCCGCCGGUGUCAUUGCAGAUCUCCACAGGCGCGGCCUGGCGUGCCACAUCGUAAGCGGCGACACAUCGAAAGUCGUCAAUGAUGUCGCACAAGCCGUUGGCAUUCCCAUCUCGAACGUUGCGUCGCGACACGCGCCGGCACAAAAGCAGAGUUACGUUCAGGCCCUGAUGGCUUCCAAGAAAGUCGUAUUGUUCUGCGGCGACGGAACAAAUGACGCUGUUGCCGUCGCCCAAGCCAAUGUCGGUGUGCAGAUCGGAGCUGCAUCCGCCGUGACCCGAGGCACCGCUGAUGUCGUCUUGCUUGGUGGGCUCGACGGCGUGCCCGCACUUCUCACUCUGUCGAAGCGGCCAUUCCGCAGAAUCACCUUCAACUUCGUGUGGUCAGCAAUCUACAACUUGUUUGCAAUCCUGCUCGCUGGAGGGGCUUUCGUUAAGGUCCGCAUCCCUCCCGCCUAUGCAGGUCUUGGAGAGAUCGUGAGCGUUAUGCCUGUCAUUCUGGCGGCUCUGACCCUCUUGAGAGUCUGA